AUGUCUACGCUCAAAGAACCGAUCAGACAACAGCGUCUCGAUGAAUAUACAAAACAGCGCACUGAGCUUAUUGCUGAAGAACGAGGUCACCGGUUUGAUGCGCAAGUGAUUGCGCGGGCGACUAAAGAGGAGAAGCGCGCUGUCGAGAUCGUUAAUGCUCUACGUGCCAAAGAGGCCAAGGAGAUUUGGAGAGCAAGUCCUGAAAAGUUGAUGUACCCUGGUAUGGAAUUUCUGACUGCCAAGAAGACGAUUGUACAUACAAAGCUGUUUGAUGUUGUAAAAAAGAUGCCCAAAGGGGCUAUCUUGCAUGGGCAUAUGGACGCAAUGUGCGACGCCAACUUUCUGUACAAAGAGGCUCUCAAGUACCCUCAAAUGCACAUUCGGGUUGAUUCGGCCAUCACUUCCGACUCGCCUUGGCCGCUUCCCCAAUUCAGGCCUCUCACCGCCGAUUCAUCUGCAAAAAACAUCAACGCACCGAGUUUGGCUUCUUCAGACUAUAUCCUAAAGUCAUGGGUCCCUUUGAAGAGGGCGAGGGGCAUAUUCGAGUAUGGAAAAGAAGCAUUCGAUAAAUGGAUUGUGGGGGCGAUGAUGAUCAAUCCCAAGGAGGCAUAUGUCGACUAUAAUACGUCCGUAAAAAUCUGGGAGAAGUUUGGUUCGACAUUUAGAGUGGCCGGGGGCAUGAUCCGGUACGAGCCUAUCAUGAAGGAGUACAUGCGACAAGUGUUGUUAUCGUCGAUCGAGGAUGGAAUAUCAUAUGUCGAGUUGAGGAUUAACUUCUACUACAAGCUUUCAAUUCGAGAAGAUGGGUCCGAGACACUGGCACAUUCUGAUUACUUGGUUAUGUUGGGAGAUGUUAUCAAAGAGGUAAAAGAAAAAAUGAAGGCUGAAAACAGGGGAGAUGAGUUUGUCGGUGCCAAGGUUAUUUAUACUACCCUUCGGUUCGUGACCAACGAAGAGCUCGCGUGGUACCUUGAAGACUGCAUGACACUCAAGAAAGAAUUCCCAGACCUAAUUGCAGGAUUCGACCUAGUAGCUCAGGAGGACACCAACAACCCAUUGAUAUAUUACAUCGAAUCAUUGCUCUGGUUCCAGCAAGAAACAAAGAACCGUGGAUUAGAUAUACCAUUCAUAUUCCAUGCGGGCGAGACCCUGGAUGACGGAGGUGCAGCAGAUAGCAAUCUGUAUGACGCGUUGUUACUCGGAACAAAGCGAAUUGGCCAUGGGUUUUCGCUGGCCAAGCAUCCGGUGCUCAUGAAGAUGUGCAAGGACAGAGGCGUGGCCAUUGAAGUAUGCCCCAUCUCCAAUGAGAUAUUGCGUCUGACUUCAUCGAUGCCGAUGCACCCACUCCCAGUACUCUUGAACAACGGAGUAGCUGUAGCACUUUGUCCGGAUGAUCCAUCCGUAUUUGGAAACAUGGGUCUUUCAUUUGACUUUUUCCAAGUGAUCGUGGCUAGUGAGAUCACCAACAUUCUAAGUCUCAAACAGCUCGCUAGACAGAGCUUGGAGUAUUCUUCACUUGAUACCGAUGCCAAGGAGCAGGCGAUUGGUUUGUGGGAAAAGAGGUGGAAUGCAUUUAUUGAAGAAAUAGUAAACUCGGUGACACCCUAA